CUUAUUCUGCUAUUAUUACUAAAUUGUAAUGCUUGAAACAAAGGUGGUGUUACACUUUAUUCUUAUUCUCUUUAUAUUGUUUUGUUGUUAUAAAUGAUGAGUUUCUCUUCUGGGCAAUCAUCCCUACCGUAGCUUCCUUUUUUCCAAGUAUGGCAAAGAAUGCAGGGUUUUUGAUUUGUCUGUUAAUUAUGGCAAUAGAUGUUUCAGCUGGAAUUCUUGGCAUCGAAGCUGAAAUAGCUCAGAAUAAGGUGAAGCAUUUGAAGAUGUGGAUUUUUGAGUGCAGAGAUCCAAAUUAUCAAGCUUACAAACUAGGAUUAGCUGCAGUUAUACUUUUGGCUCUUGCCCAUGUUAUGGCUAACUUGCUAGGUGGCUGCAUUUGCAUAUGGUCUAAAGAAGAAUUUGUUAAAGCGUCACCAAACAAGCAAUUGGCCAUUGCUUCUCUCAUUUCCUCCUGGAUUAUAGUAGUCGUUGGAGUCUCAAUGCUAACAAUUGGAACAUUAGCAAAUGCAAAAUCAAGAAAAUCAUGUGGGAUAGCUCAUCACCGGAUCCUAUCAAUAGGAGGUAUCCUCUGCUUUAUUCAUGGACUCUUUAGCAUUGCCUACUACGUAUCAGCAAAAGAAGCUGCCAAAGUAGAGCACCAACAGGGAGGCCAUGCUUAAUUAUGUAACAAAAUCAAAUUUCAUUCCAUCCACUACUUGUUUUGUUACAGCUUAUGACAUUGAAAAUUGUAAUCAAAACAUUCAUUAUCACACAAAAU